AUGAGCGCCCAUUCACGACCAGAUUUGUGUUUACUCAGUUGGAAUAUUUUAGCACCUUGUUGGGUAAAUCAAGAUUGGUAUCCAACUCUAUUCGAGAUAGCGGUGAAUCAUCGUGAACGAAUAAACAAGAUUGCCAAUAGAAUUUUAUCACUUGAGCACGAUAUUGUCCUAAUUCAAGAGGCACAGGAAGAUACUGUUCAAUUAUUGAGAAAAAAACUAGACGAGCAUUAUGUAUUUCAUUCGGCAUGGAACCAUCCAACUGCAGCAUCCGUACGCAAUGGUCUUCUGACAUUAAUCAGGAAGGAUUGGAAAUAUGCUUCAACAGCGAGGAUGAUCCACAGUAUUCUUGAUUUGGACAAAGGUGAAGCCAUUCAGAUUAUAACAAUACCUUCCAAGAAUAUUCAUAUCGUCAAUCUUCAUCUCGAUUAUAUCGAUCGAUUAGACCAAGCUAAAAUGGUGAAAGACAAGUGUAGGAUAAUGCUUGGUAUCGAUAAUCCUGUGACUAUUCUAGCUGGCGACAUGAAUGCCGAAACAGACGAAUGUGAUAGAUUCGAAUGGAAUGAAUUUAAAGAUGUUUUUCAUGAAUCGAAUCACUGUAUACGAAUUCCAACCUAUUAUCCGGAUCCAGCAUGUUCAGAAUGCAAUACAGCCGUUGAUCACAUAUUCUAUAAUCCACAUCAAAUCAAAUUAAUUGAAAACGGUAAAGCAUGGGAUACUCCAAAUGGAUCACUCAAAGAUGCUCUAACACAGUUCGGAAGCGACCAUAUCUAUAUUUGGGCCAAUUUCAACUUUCAUCCAUAA